CGAGUAAGAGCACAUAGAUACAAUGAUUUGAUCGAUUGUACUACGUACCAAGGGACUCUGUAAAAAGAUUUGAUCUGAUUUAACCGAGUUAAUCCAGGAUGUAGGGAGAGAAGACGUCACAUACGAUACGACCACCAACUCUAUUAGCUCUCUUUUAAUAAUAGACACUCUUCGAACCAUAGAAAUUAUUCUUGCUUCCGGAAAUGCCCCACGUCUCGCGGCCUCGCGCGCCUUUUAAACCACACCACUGCCUCUCCACGCUCUCACAUCACAUUUGUUCAGCUAGUCCAACUACGAGAAAGAAGAGGAUAUACACGCGAUGGGCUCGUCACCUCACGUCAAAUUCCUCAUGAUGGUGAGCCGACUUGUCGUGGACAACUUCUUUGGGGUCUUUGCGGUGGCCGUCGCUGCCGCCGUGGUCGGGAGGGCGUGGCUCAUUCGCCCCGAAGAGAUCCUAGACCAGAUGCUCACCUUGCCGCGUGUCUACGUCUUCUUGGCGGUGAUCCUGGCGGCGGCCCUGGAGAAGAUGCGGCGCAUGCGGCGGCUGCGGGAUGUGUACCUCGUGGAGUACGGAUGCUUCCGGCCCAAGCCCUGCUACCGCACGCCGUUCGCCACGUGUCUGGAGCAUGCGCACCUCAUGCCGUACCUCGUCGACGAGGAGAGCGUCGCCUUCGCGAUGCGGCUGCUCGAGCGCUCCGGGCUCGGCGAGGAGACAUGCGUGCCGGACGCGUACCACUACAUGCCCCCGGACCGCAGCCUCAAGGCGUCCCGGGACGAGGCCGAGCUGGUCAUGUUCGCCGCCGUCGACGAUGUGUUCGCCAAGACGGCCGUGAUCAAGCCAGCCGACAUCGACGUGCUCAUCGUCAACUGCAGCAUCUUCACGCCGGUUCCGGUGUUUGCUGACAUGGUCGUCAACAAGUACAAGCUCCGCUCCGACGUGAAGAUCAUGAACCUGUCGGGGAUGGGGUGCAGCGCUGGGCUCGUCUCGGUCGGCCUGGCCAGGAAAAUCCUCCAGGUGGCGCCGGCAGGCACGCGCGUGCUGAUAGUGUCCACGGAGAUCCUCUCGUCGCAGUACUACGUCGGCACGGAGCGUGCGAUGCUGCUGCCCAACUGCCUCUUCCGCAUGGGCGCCGCGGCCAUGAUCCUCUCCAACUCCCCGAGUGAGGCGCGGUUUCGUCUCCGGCGCGUGGUGCGCACCGUCACCGCCGCACGAGACGCCGACUACCGUUGCGUGUUCCAGGAGGAGGACGACAAGGGGAACACCGGCAUCCGCCUCUCCAAGGACCUCGCCACCACUGCCGGCUACGCGCUCAAGAACAACAUCGCGGCUUUCGGGCCCCUCGUCCUGCCGGCCACGGAGCAGCUCCUCGUCGCGCUGUCCCUGCUCAAACGGAGGCUCCUAAGAGGGCGCGCCAAGGUGAGGCUGUAUCGCCCGGACUUCCGCACUGCGUUCGAGCACAUCUGCAUCCACGCGGGCGGGCGUGGCGUGAUCGACGAGGUGCAGGACGGCCUCGGCCUCUCCGACGACGACGUCGAGGCGUCGCGGAUGACGCUGCACAGGUUCGGCAACACAUCCAGCAGCUCGGUCCUCUACGAGCUGGCGUACCUGGAGGCCAAGGGCCGGAUGAAGAAGGACGACAGGGUGUGGAUGAUCUCCUUCGGUGCCGGAUUCGACUGCAACAGUGUCUCGUGGGAGUGCGUCAAGCCGGCCGGCGACGCCGACGGGCCGUGGGCCGAGUGCAUCGCCCGCUACCCCGUGCAGCUGCCCGAAAUCGACAAGGACAUCAGGACAACACUGGCUUCAACUGUUAAAGUAUGGGGCAACGAGUUUCGGCGGUGAAGGCAGUACACCUUUGUUUGAAAACUCGCUCGGCGUGCAUGCGCUGCUUACGGCAUUGUUGUACUGCACCUAUUUACCCUAUGUUGCAGGUUGUAGAGGCUGAGCUAUUGUUUUUGAGAAAAAAAUUCCUCAAUUUAAGAGUAUAUUUUUUCGGAAAUGUUAACGC